AUGGGCUCUGGAGAUCACAGACGCAGCCUAGUGGAGAUCCUGAGGCAGGGCUAUGAGGGGCCAGAGGAGGAGUCCAGGGCCCUAGUGGAGCUUCAGAAGAGCCUGGGGGCCUCACACUCACAGGGCCGCCCAAUGAAGAUGGCAGCACGUCCCCAAAAUGUGAGUACAGCUCCUCUGGCAUCUGGUGUGGUGUGCUGACCCAUUGGAGGCACCACAACUUUACUGGUGGGCUGGGACAAAAGCCUUACCUCACUGCAUCCCUCUAGACCAGUAGUGAAUAACAUUAUUCUAUAAAAUUGAUUGUCAAUUAUUCCAUAAUGUGAUGGAUUAAUGGAUUCUAGCCAAAUUGACACUUAUUUCGCUCUCGCUCUCUCUCUCUCGCUCUCUCUGUCUCUCACUCUCUGUGUAGGGCUGUGAGAUGCCCCUGGAGGACCUGCUGUCUCUGUAUGGGUAUGAGGUGUCUGAUCCCCUCCUGCAGCAGGACAGGGAGCCCAACGAGCUAGCAGCCAGUCUACCUGACAUGACACUGGACAAGGUGAGACCUGGGUAUACCUAGACAUACCUGAGACUGGAGUAAUGCCCAGAUAAAAGUGUAAACAGGAAAGCAUUGCAGAAGGGGUGAACCACUCAGGCCCUCCAGUUCCAGUCUGGCUGAUUUUCUCUUUUGUUUCUUCUUAGUACUUAAUUUAUUCAUUUGUUAGUAAAUCAAAUCAAUUUUUAUUUGUCAUAUGCUCCGAAAGCUUACUUACGAGCCCUUAGCCAACAAUGCAGAGUUUUAAAAAAGUAAGAAAAAAUUGCUCAAUGAACAAAACCAAGAAAUAGUAGCACAAUAACGAGGAUAUAUGCAAGUGGCCCGGUACCAAGUCAAUGUGCAGGGGUACGGGUUAGUCCAGGCAUGUGUGUUUGCAUGUGUCAAUAUGCAUGUGUGUUUGUCCGUGUGUGUGUGUCUGUUGGAGUGUCAGUGUAGUAUGUGUGAGUGUGUGGUUAGAGUCCAGUGAGUGUACAUCGAGUCUGUGCAAGAGAGUCAUUGCAUAUACAUUGCAUUCGGAAAGUAUUCAGACCCCUUGACUUUUUCCACAUUUUGUUAUGUUACAGCCUUAUUCUAUAAUGGAUUAAAUAGUUUUUACCCCCUCAUCAAUCUACACACAAUACCCCAUAAUGACAAAGCAAAAAAACGUUUCUUUAGAAAAAUAAUCUAAUUUAUAACAAAUAAAAAAUGGAAAUAUCACAUUUACAUAAGUAUUCAGACCCUUUACUCAGUACUUUGUUGAAGCACCUUUUGCAGUGAUUACAGAUUCGAGUAUUCUUGGGUAUGAUGCUACAAGCUUGGCACACCUGUAUUUGGGGAGUUUCUCCCAUUCUUCUCUGCAGAUCCUCUCAAGCUCUGUCAGGUUGGAUGGGGAGCGUUGCUGCACAGCUAUUUUCAGGUCUCUCCAGAGAUGUUCGAUCGGGUUCAAGUCUGGGCUCUGGCUGGGCCAUUCAAGGACAUUGAGACUUGUCCCAAAGCCACUCCUGCGUUGUCUUGGCUGUGUGCUUAGGGUCGUUGGCCUUCACGCCAGUCUGAGGUCCUGAGUGCUCUGGAGUAGGUUUUCAUCAAGGAACUGUCUGUACUUUGCUCCGUUCAUCUUUCCCUCGAUCUUGACUAGUCUCCCAGUCCCUGCCGCUGAAAAACAUCCCCACAGCAUGAUGCUGCCACUACCAUGCUUCACCGUAGGGAUGGUGCCAGGUUUUCUCCAGACGUGAUGCUUGGCAUUCAGGCCAAAGAGUUAAAUCUUGGUUUCAUCAGACCAGAGAAUCUUGUUUCUCAUGGUCUGAGAGUCCUUUAGGUGCCUUUUGGCAAACUCCAAGCGGGCUGUCAUGUGCCUUUUACUGAGGAGUGGCUUCCGUCUGGCCACUCUACCAUAAAGGCCUGAUUGGUGGAGUGCUGCAGAGAUGGUUGUCCUUUUGGAAGGUUCUCCCAUCUCCACAAAGGAACUCUGGAGCUCUGUCAGAGUGACCAUCGGGUUUUUGGUCACCUCCCUGACCAAGGUCCUUCUCCACCGAUUGCUCAGUUUGGCCGGGCGGCCAGCUCUAGGCAGAGUCUUGGUGGUUCUAAAAUUCUUCCAUUUAUGAAUGAUGGAAGCCACUGUGUUAUUGGGGACAUUCAAUGCUGCAGACAUUUUUUGGUACCCUUCCCCAGAUCUGUGCCUCGACACAAUCCUGUCUCGGAGCUCUACGGACAAUUCCUUCAACCUCAUGGCUUGGUGUUUGCUCUGACAUGCACUGUCAACUGUGGGACCUUAUAUAGACAGUUGUGUGCCUUUCCAAAUAAUGUCCAAUCAAUUGAAUUUACCACAGGUGGACUCCAAUCAAGUUGUUGAAACAUCUCAAGGAUGGUCAAUGGAAACAGGAUGCACCUGAGCUCAAUUUCUAGUGUCAUAACAACAGGUCUGAAUACUUACGUAAAUAAAGUAUUUCCGUUUUUUUAUUUUAAUACAUUUGCAAACAUUUCUAAAAACCUGUUUUUACUUUGUCAUUAUGUGGUAUUGUGUGUAGAUUGAUCAGGAUUAUUAUUUUUUAAAUCCAUUUUAGAAUAAGACUGUAAUGUAACAAAAUGUGGAAAAAGGGAAGGAGUCUGAAUACUUUCCGAAUGCAUUGUAUAAGAAGGGGGUCAAUGUAAAUAGUCCAGGUAGCCAUUUGAUUAACUGUUCAGUAUUCUUAUGGCUUGUCGGUAGAAGCUGUUAAUGUGCCUUUUAGUCCCAGACUUGGCACUCUGGUACCGCUUUCCGUGCAGUAGCAGAGAGAACAGUCUAUGAUUUGGGUGGCUGGAGUCUUUGACAAUUUGUAGGGCCUUCCUCUGACACCGCCCACUGCCUGGUAUAGAGGUCCUGGAUAGCAGGGAGUUCGACCCCAGUGAUGUACUGGGCCGUACGCACUACUCUCUGUAGCGCCUUGCGGUCGAAUGCCGAGCAGUUGCCAUACCAAGCGGUAAUGCAACCAGUCAGGAUGCUCUCGAUGGUGCAGCUGUAGAACUUUUGGAGGAUCUGAAAACCCAUGCCAAAUCUUUUCAGCCUCCUGAGGCGGAAGAGGCGUUGUCAUGCCCUCCUCACGACUGCGUUGGUGUGUUUGGACCAUGAUAGGUCCUUUGUGAUGUGGACACCAAGGAACUUGAAACUCUCAACCUUUUCCACUACAGCCCCGUCGAUGUGAAUGGGGGUGUGCUCGGCCCUCCCUUUCCUGUAGUCCACGAUCAGCACCUUUGUAUUGCUCACGUUGAGGGAUAGGUUGUUGUCCUAGCAACACACUGCUAGGUCUCUGACCUCCUCCCUAUAGGCUAUCUCAUCUUGUCAUCGUGUCGGCGGCAAACUUAAUGAUGGUGUUGGAGUUGUGUGUGACCACGCAGUCGUGGGUUAACAGGGAAUACAGGAGGGGACUAAGCACGCACCCCUGAGGGGCCCCAUGUUGAGGGUCAGCGCGGCGUAUGUGUUGUUGCCUACCCUCACCACCUGGGGGCAUCCCUUUGGGAAGUCCAGGAUCCAGUUGCAAAGGGAGGUGUUCAGUCCCAGGGUCCUUAGCUUAGUGAUGAGCUUGGAGGGCACUAUGGUGUUGAAUGCUGAGCUGUAGUCAAUGAACAGCAUUCUCACGUAGGCGUUCCUUUUGUCCAGGUGGGAAAGGGCAGUGUGGCGUGCAAUAGAGAUUGCGGCGUCUGUGGAUCUGUUUGGGCGGUAUGCGAAUUGGAGUGGGUACAGGUUUUCCGGGAUGCUGGUGUUGAUGUGAGCCAUGACCAGCCUUUCAAAGCAUUUCAUGGCUACAGAUGUAAGUGUUACGGGUCCAGAGUCAUUUAGGCAGGUUACCUUGGCAUUCGUGGGCACACGGACUAUGGUGGUUUGCUUGAAACCUGUAGGUAUUACAGACUGGGUCAGGGAGAGGUUGAAAAUGUAAGUGAAGACAUUUGCCAGCUGGUCAGCGCGUGCUCUGAGUACGCGUCCUGGUAAUCAGUCUGGUCCUGCGGCCUUGUGAAUGUUAACCUGUUUAAAGGUCUUACUCACAUCGGCUAUGGAGAGAGUGAUCACACAGUCGUCCGGAACAGCUGGUACUCUCAUGCAUGGUUCAGUGUUGCUUGCCUCAUAGCGAGCAUAGAAGGCAUUUAGCUCGUCUGGUAGGCUCGCGUCACUGGGCGGCUCGUGGCUGGGUUUCCGUUUGUAAUCCGUGAUUGCUAGCCCUGCCACAUCCGACGAGCGUUAGACCCGGUGUAGUAGGAUUCGAUCUUAGUCCUGUAUUGACGCUUUGCCUGUUUGAUGGUUCGUCGUAGGGCGUAGCGGGAUUUCUUAUAAGCGUCCGGAUUAGUGUCCCGCUCCUUGAAAGCGGCAGCUCUAGCCUCUAGCUUGGUGUGGAUGUUGCCUGUAAUCCAUGGCUUCUGGUUGGGAUAUGUACAUGUGGUCACUGUGGGGAUGAUGUUGUCGAUGCACUUAUUAAUGAAGCUGGUGACUGAUGUGGUAUAAUUGGUUAUUGGUGCACCCGCCUGGUUUUCCAAGCAGAAAUCAAUCACUAGUUAAAAGGCAAGAUGGAAAACCAGCAUAGAGUACACUGUGAUUGUCGAGGAGCUGUGCACUCCUUUAUUCAAGAGCAUUACAGGAUACAUGUUCUGGCAUUGACAUGAUGUCUAUUGAUUCUUGUAUGAGUAAUGAUGACUUGGUCCAUAAGGAAAUGAGUUAAGGUGGCUCUUAAGGGCUCUUGAUGCCCUGUCUAGUCUACAAACACUCAGAAAACAUUAAAAUGACUAAAUUACGUUUAUGUAUCAUAAAUGCAAUUUACUUCACUGAGUGUGAUGCUUAGAGAACAUUCCAUUGAGACAGUAAUGGACUGUUCCGUUCUUCCAGGACCAGAUUGCUAAAGAUCUGUUCUCAGGAGAGGAUGAGGAGGAGUCAUCAGCUGAUGACCUCACUCCCUCUGUCACCGCCCAUGCCUCCGACCUCCUCCUCCGCCGCCACCUAAGAGGUACGACCAAUAAUGUCAUAUACAGUAUUAGGGCUGUGACGAUACCAGUAUUGCAAUAUUUUUUUCCAUGCCAAAAAUGAAAACACGAUGCAGACAACUCUUUGGUCCUUUAAAACCUGCUGUAUGUCAAAUAUUGUGUGCUAUAGCUUAAAAAAUAGGUAAAUGUAACUCUGGCUGACAACAUAAUGAUGUUUGUUUUUAAAAUUAGGGCUGUUUUCCUAAAGAAGUUAAAUCCGCUUCAUGUUUUGUUUCCUUGCCACGAUACUAACGAGUAUCGUGAUACUGGUAUCGCCCUGGCCUUAUCCAAUAUCAUUCUAGUAUCAGACUACAGGUAACUGCAAAAAUAAAGGAAACGCCAACAUAAAGCAUCUUAAUACAGUGUUGGGCCACCACGAGCCAGAACAGCUUCAUUGCACCUUGGCAUAGAUUCUACAAGUGUCUGAAACUCUAUUGGAGGGCUGCAACACCACUCUUCCAUGAGAAAUUCCAUCAUUUGGUGUUUUGUUGAUGGUGGUGGAAAACGCUGUUUCAGGCACCGCUCCAGAUCAGGUGACUGAGACACACACACUCUUUAAACCCCCUAUGCUCCUUUGAAGAUCCCUAUUUCAAAGUCACUGAGAUCUCUUCUUCUAGCCUUGGUAGCCAAAGUAAUGGGCAACUGGGCAUUUUUAUACAUGACCCUAAGCAUGAUGGGAUGUUAAAUACUUAAUUAACUCAGGAACCACACCUGUGUGGAAGCAUCUGCUUUCAAUAUACUUUGUAUCCCUAAUUUACUCAAGUGUUUCCUUUAUUUUGGCAGUUACCUUUAUAUAAUGGGUAUGACACACUCCUCCUUUCCCAGCACAGCUACCACUUCCGUAAACAGACCCCCACCCACCCAGCUCACCACUCAGAAGAAUCCCCUUAUCAUAUCACGUCCAUAUCUUUUUUAAAUGGCCUGAGGGCCCCUUUAUGGCAAAACAAAUUUGUUGUACCUUGACGUUUUUAAUUGGUGGUGUUAUGAGAAUGCUACAUAUUGGUGUAACAAAUGUUCCCAUGUGCCAGCCCAUUCCCUGGCAGACGGAGACAAAGGCACCUUAGUCAGCUCCUCAGAAGAUGACUCGGACGAGGAUGACGACACCUCCAUUCCCUCCAAUGAUGAACGCAAGGUGAGACACUGGGGCCUACUGAACAGAGAGAAAAUACUCUACAAUUACUAUUUAGGGAAAUAUAAAAACCUGUUUUCUGUAGUGCCUGUGUGACUGACACUGUGGUUGUUAUUUUUCCAGGACAUCAUGGUGGGCUCAAUGUACCAAGCCAAAAUCCCUCCUCUCAGCCCAUACUCAUACCAGGAGAGAGGUAACCCCCAAUUGACCCUUUCAGAAUCAGUGUACAUUUUGGAUUAGUGUGUUGACACUUUGACUCGCCUCAGUCUCACACACAUCCUUAUACCUGUGUCUCUAUCACUAUCACUAACUCUCCAUCUCCUGCUCCCAGUCUAUGAGAAUGAGGACCAGCUCCUGUGGACCCCAGAUAUGUUGCCAGGCCAGGCGGUAAAGGAGUUCCUGCUAAGUGCCAAGAGACGGGGAGGCCAGGAUGGGGCUGUAGACACCCUCAUCAACGGGGACAUAAUCAAAGACAAUGAACAAGUACUGUAGCGGGUUGGGUCAUUUACUUUAGUUGGACGGUGUAUACCAUAUGUAUCCUCUACAUACGACUAAUAAAACUUGAAACUGGGUGGUAAAGCAGAAACAGAGUGGGACUGGAUCUUCAUAUGUAAAUCUAUUAACUUUGUUUGCAUGUCGAGUGAUUUCUGGACAGUUCAUACUGUGGUUGAGGUCACAGACUUCUGUCACAACUGUUAGCUUUCUUUUCUCUUUCUCUCCGUCGCUCUCAGGCCCUGUAUGAGCUGGUGAAAUGCAGCUUUAAUGCAGAGGAGGCACUGAGACGACUGCGCUUUAAUGUGAAAGUAUUCAGCGGUAAGACCGUCCAUGACACAUUUAUUACUGCUAUCAAGAAUGUAAUAUAUCAUCUUACUGCAACAUCUUACUAGUGACAACAACUCUUUUUUAUUCAAUUUUUUUAGGCUCUCUUAUAGUCCUCAUUUGGACUAAUCUUCCAAGAGUCUAUUAACUCAUAUCAAUGACUCAUUAGCAGCACCAAAUUAUUAAUUGCAAUUUCAUAUUUGAGGACAGACAGUGAAGCAACCACCAUGCCUGUAGAGUCUUCAACUCAAUAACCACCGCUGUAAAUAAAAAAUGUGUGCUAAUUCGCUACAGCUGUUUAGUCUCUGAAUGAUGCUAGUAUUCUACAUUUUAGAGCAUUAAAAAAAAUGAUAUUGUGGGACCAUGGAACUUCUUUGGUUUCUUUGGAACUUAAUCUUUGCUUUCCCUUGGAAAUUAAAUGAUUUGAUAGACCCACCAUGAACCCAUGUUAACAACAACUUAAAGAUACACUUAUAUAUUGGCCUAGGUCAAAUAUUUAAGCUAAGUCCCAGGGCUUGUAAUCUUAUUCAUAUCAGCAGUCCUACUCUGAAAGCCUUUUUUUAAUACGGCCCUGAUCUGUCAUCUAGGGCUGGGACAAUACCAGUAUCGCGAUACAAAACACAAAGCAGAUUUAACUUCUUUAAGAAAACAGCCCUAAUUUUGGAAACAAACAUCAUUAUGUUGUCAUCCAGAAUCACAUGUAUUUAUUUUCCAAGCUAUAGCACACAAUAUUUUACAUACAGCAGGUUUUUAAAGGACCAAAGAGUUUGGUCUGCUUCGUGUUUUCAUUUUUGCCAUGGAAAAAAUAUUGUGAUACUGGUAUUGUCCUAGCCCUACUGUCAUCUUGACUAAUGCUACAAAUAGUUUUUGAUUGCAUUUCCGUUGCGCACAUCCAAGCUGGGAGUGUAGUAAAGCCCUGCACGGGCAUUAAUUUUAAACCCGAGCCCAUAAGUAAAUCCAUUAGCUGCUCUUCUCUGUCUGUCACUCGCUCCCUGCACACAGCUCGCUCUGCUCAUGGCUCUCGGAGUCUGUGAGUAUCCAUAGCAAUGGCUCAGCCUGGGCUUCUCUGCUCAAUGAAGAGGCAUGAGAGAGCAGUUAGCUGUUAGCUACUUUCGUCACUCUGAACUCAGACAAAGCUCAAUGAACAUUAUUAUUUUCUGUGAAAUAGUAUCUCCUGUUCUAUAUUUGAUGAGGUUGAAGCACUUCUGACACCAUGUUAUGAUCUUAGUCAGAUAUGACUGUACUGCGCAGCAGAGCACGAGCAAAUGGCUCAGCUUCAAAAUGUUAGUGAUCAAUUUAGUAAUAUCCGAUCCCUGCCCGUACCCUAGUUAUUGAUGAAAACACAGCCCUUACCCGGCCCUAACCCAAUGUAUAAUGUCAGGGCUCGGGUCGGGUAGCAGAGCUCUAAGAGUGUAGGUUAAAAUGUAGCCUAUUGUGCCCUCUCCUGUGUAAGCUGACAAAUCUACCAACUCACGUUUGUUGCCUAUGUUUUAGGCUUAAUGCUGGUUUGAUUCAUUGGCUUGCGGUAUUAUAAUAUACACAAAAGUAUGUGGACACCCCUUCAAAUUAGUGGAUUAGGCUAUUUCAGCCACACCCGUUGCUGACAGGUGUAUAAAAUCGAGCACAGCCAUGGAAUCUCCAUAGACAAACAUUGGCAGUAGAAUGGCCUUACUGAAUAGCUCAGUGACUUUCAACAUGCCACUGUCAUAGGAUGCCACCUUUCCAACAAGUCAGUUCGUCAAAUGUCUGCCCUGCUAGUGCUGCCCCGGUCAACUGUAAGUGCUGUUUUUGUGAAGUGGAAACAUCUAGGAGCAACAACGGCUCAGCCGCGAAGUGGUAGGACACACAAGCUCAGAGAACAGGAACGCUGAAGCGCGUACCGCGUAAAAAUCAUCUGUCCUUGGUUGCAACACUCACUACCGAGUUCCGAACUGCCUCUGGAAGCAUGAAAUGAAAUGAGUUUCCAUGGCCGAGCAGCCGCACACAAGCCUAAGAUCACCAUGCGCAAUGCCAAGCGUCAGCUGGAGUGGUGUAAAGCUCGCCGCCAUUGGACUCUGGAGCAGUGGAAACGCGUUCUCUGGAGUGUUGAAUCACGCCUCAGUAUCUUGCAGUCCGAAGGACUAAUCUGAGUUUGGCGGAUGCCAGGAGAAUGCUACCUGCCCCAAUGCAUAGUGCCAACUGUAAAGUUUGGUGGAGGAGGAAUAAUGGUCUGAGGUUGUUUUUCAUGGUUCGGGCUAGGCCCCUUAGUUCCAGUUCAAGAGAAAUCUUAAUGCUACAGCAUACAAUUACAUUGUAGACGAUUCUGGCUUCCAACUUUGUGGCAACAGUUUGGGGAAGGCCCUUUCCUGUUUCCGCAUUACAAUGCCCCUGUGCACAAAGCGAGGUCCAUACAGAAAUGGUUUGUCGUGAUCGGGGUGGAAGAAAUUGACUGGCCUGCAAAGAGCCCUGACCUCAACCCCAUUGAACACCUUUGGGAUGAAUUGGAACGCCGACUGCGAGCCAGGCCUCAUCGCCCAACAUUAGUGCCCGACCUCACUAAUGCUCUUGUGGCUGAAUGGAAUCAAGUCCCCACAGCAAUGUUCCAACAUCUAGUGGAAAGCCUUCCCAGAAGAGUGGAGGCUGUUGUAGCAGCAAAGAGGGGACCAACUCCAUAUUAAUGCCAUGAUUUUGGAAUGAGAUGUUCGACAGGCAGGUGUCCACAUACUUUUGGUCAUGUAGUGUAGCUAGAUAAUGGAAGUCAAACAUUCAGAGGAGUUUAUGGGGUGAAUGGAUUAAUAGUUAUCAUCUUGACAUGGUUAGCUCCUAUAAUAACUGCUGUUGUCUUCUGUGCAGAGGAGCUGUGUGCCUGGAGCGAGGAGGAAUGUCGAAACUUUGAACAUGGCUAUCGAGUUCAUGGGAAGAACUUCCACCUCAUUCAGGCCAAUAAGGUGAGCAGCACAAAAACUACAAACGUCAGGUUUGUGGAGAACCUGAUUUGCUACAAAGUUGAAAUUAUCUCUUUAAGUAAUGGCCAAGACUGGCAUCAUACAGGUUACAUCGAAGCACAUUUUGACAGUUGCUUCGACAUAACCUGAGGCGUGCCUGUGCAAACCUGCUUGUCUGCAUUGAUCAGACAAGAAACUCACAGAUUCAUACCAUAGCGAACAGUAAACCACACUGUGUUUAUGUGUCAGGUACGCACAAGGUCGGUGGGUGAGUGUGUGGAGUAUUACUACAUGUGGAAGAAGUCGGACCGCCACGAGUACUUCACCCAGCAGACCACUAAGCUGGGCCGCAAGAAGUACAGUCUGCAGUCAGGGAGCAUGUGAGUAGCACUGCAGAUAUGACCCUCUCUAGACUUGAGAGUCAAGCAGCAUUUGAAUGCCAUCUGAGUUGGCAAAUGAUACCAUCAAGUUGAGUGAAGUGUAGAAUUGCGGGCACUACUAUGACACUACCGUCAAGUUGUUGUUGUCAUGAUCGUCUCCUUGGCCUGGCACCAUUCCCAGAAUAAUAGCUUAUUUAAAUAGAGCGCAGGAAAAUGAAAAUCCGGACACAGCGGACACAUUUUAAUACGAGGUGUAGACGCACUGUACGGUGAUGGGAAUGGGUUGGAUCAUCUUGAUCGGAAUAAAUAACAGAUGUAGACAAGCAGAGACAUUGUAUCUCAAUAUAACCUCCACAUUGUCAUUGUUUUCAGACUAGAGAUGUUUAUUAUGUUUAGCUGAUACCUUGCUGGGAUGCUGGGAGUCCUGGGUCGUGUUCAGUACUCAUAACAAUAACUAAAUGGUUUGAAUCUGAGAAUGGAAAUGAGUCUUCUUCUUGGACAAGUUCAGGUGCAGUUGGAACGUUUUUUCCUUCACACGCCGUUUCCUUCUGUUUUAUGUCUUCCAGGGAGGAUGGAGAGGAGGAUGGAGAGGUUGGGGAGAUGGAGGGGUGCUCCCAGAUUCAGCCCCCCUCACAUCCACCAGUCAUAGACCUGGACAAGCAAGGUACCCUGCCCUGGACACCAACCUUAGCCUUGGCCCCUUCUCUAGCCCCAGUCCUAUACCACAGGCCUGGCCCUGAUCCCUGCCUCAGAGCAUUCAAGUUUCAGAGUUUAUUCGCCACGUGCACAGGAUACAACAGGCGUAAAACAGUACAGUGAAAUUCUUACCUUGAGAGCUCUUUCCCAACAAUGCAGUGAUAAUAAUAGAGAUAAGAAUAGAAAAUAGAAUUUAAAAAACAUUUUUGUAAAAAUGAAACCAACACACCACAAACACUACAGCUUGUUUUAAGACUGAGGUCAUAAGAGUUAGCUGGAUCCAUAAGGAAUAGUCAUACAUGCCCUCUCCUCUGAAGUCAGACAUCCACCCUCUCACCAUUUCAUAUCCACCCCACUCUUUGUCUUAUUAUUAUUUGUCUUGAUCACAUUGUUUGCCUCAAUUUGAUGUGUUGUGUUCAUGAACAUAUGAUUUGAAGCAUGUUUACAGUGAGGGAAAAAAGUUUUUGAUCCCCUGCUGAUUUUGUACGUUUGCCCACUGACAAAGAAAUGAUCAGUCUAUAAUUUUAAUGGUAGGUUUAUUUGAACAGUGAGAGACAGAAUAACAACAACAAAUCCAGAAAAACGCAUGUCAAAAAUGUUAUAAAUUGAUUUGCAUUUUAAUGAGGGAAAUAAGUAUUUGACCCCCUCUCAAUCAGAAGGAUUUCUGGCUCCCAGGUGUAUUUUAUACAGGCAAUGAGCUGAGAUUAGGAGCACACUCUUAAAGGGAAUGCUCCUAAUCUCAGUUUGUUACCUGUAUAAAAGACACCUGUCCACAGAAGCAAUCAAUCCAUCAGAUUCCAAACUCUCCACCAUGGCCAAGACCAAAGAGCUCUCCAAGGAUGUCAAGGACAAGAUUGUAGACCUACACAAGGCUGGAAUAAUAUACAAGACCAUCGCCAAGCAGCUUGGUGAGAAGGUGACAACAGUUGGUGCGAUUAUUCGCAAAUGGAAGAAACACGGCCUGGGGCUCCAUGCAAGAUCUCACCUCGUGGAAUUGCAAUGAUCAUGAGAACGGUGAGGAAUCCGCCCAGAACUACACGGGAGGGUCUUGUCAAUGAUCUCAAGGCAGCUGGGACCAUAGUACCAAGAAAACAAUUGGUAACACACUACGCAGUGAAGGACUGCAAUCCUGCAGUGCCCGCAAGGUCACCCUGCUCAAGAAAGCACAUAUACAUGCCCGUCUGAAGUUUGCCAAUGAACAUCUGAAUGAUUCCCUCACUGUAUGUAUCAGUCCCUACACCCAAACGAGGGCAUUGCGUUCAUCCACCUCUGGCCUGCUGGCUCCCCUUCCUCUGCGGAAGCAUAGUUCCCGCUCAGCCCAGUCAAAACUGUUCGCUGCUCUGGCACCCCAAUGGUGGAACAAGCUCCCUCACGACGCCAGGACAGCGGAGUCACUCACCACCUUCCGGAGACAUUUGAAACCCCACCUCUUUAUGGGAUAGGAUAAAGUAAUCCUUCUACCCCCCCCCCCCCCCCCCCCCCCCCCCCCCUUAAAAUAAAAUAAAAUAAAAAUUGUAAAGUGGUUAACCCACUGGCUAUAGGGUGAAUGCACCAAUUUGUAAGUCGCUCUGGAUAAGAGCGUCUGCUAAAUGACGUAAAUGUAAAUGUAAUUCAGAGGAGAACUGGGUGAAAGUGUUGUGGUCAGAUGAGACCAAAAUCGAGCUCUUUGGCAUCAACUCAACUCGCCGUGUUUGGAGGAGGAGGAGGAAUGCUGCCUAUGACCCCAAGAACACCAUCCCCACCGUCAAACAUGGAGGUGGAAACAUUAUGCUUUGGGGGUGUUUUUCUGCUAAGGGGACAGGACAACUUCACCGCAUCAAAGGGACGAUGGACGGGGCCAUGUACCGUCAAAUCUUGGGUGAGAACCUCCUUCCCUCAGCCAGGGCAUUGAAAAUGGGUCGUGGAUGGGUAUUCCAGCAUGACAAUGACCCAAAACACACGGCCAAGGCAACAAAGGAGUGGCUCAAGAAGAAGCACAUUAAGGUCCUGGAGUGGCCUAGCCAGUCUCCAGACCUUAAUCCCAUAGAAAAUCUGUGGAGGGAGCUGAAGGUUCGAGUUGCCAAACGUCAGCCUCGAAAGCUUAAUGACUUGGAGAAGAUCUGCAAAGAGGAGUGGGACAAAAACCCUCCUGAGAUGUGUGCAAACCUGGUGGCCAACUACAAGAAACGUCUGACCUCUGUGAUUGCCAACAAGGGUUUUGCCACCAAGUACUAAGUCAUGUUUUGCAGAGGGGUCAAAUACUUAUUUCUCUCAUUAAAAUGCAAAUCAAUUUAUAACAUUUUUUACAUGCGUUUUUCUGUAUUUUUUUGUUGUUAUUCUGUCUCUUACUGUUCAAAUAAACCUACCAUUAAAAUUAUAGACUGAUCAUUUCUUUGUCAGUGGGCAAACGUACAAAAUCAGCAGGGGAUCAAAUACUUUUUUCCCUCACUGUAUGUAUUGUUUUAUCCCACCUGUGUGUGUCUUUGUUUUCCCAUUGGUUUGUGUGUUUCUACCUUUGUGUUGGCAUGGUGUUCCAGAGGAGGAGGGCCGUCCCCGUCGCAGACGAACGCCCCGCUUUCUCUUAAAGCCCUGAUCUCACUGCACACAGGCCACUCUAACCAGGCAGGGCCACCAGGUAAAGACUCUAACCAGGCAGGGCCACCAGGUAAAGACUCUAACCAGGCAGGGCCACCAGGUAAAGACUCUAACCAGCCAAGGCCACCAGGUAAAGACUCUAACCAGGCAGGGCCACCCACCAGGUAAAGACUCUAACCAGGCAGGGCCACCCACCAGGUAAAGACUCUAACCAGGCAGGGCCACCCACCAGGUAAAGACUCUAACCAGGCAGGGCCACCCACCAGGUAAAGACUCUAACCAGGCAGGGCCACCCACCAGGUAAAGACUCUAACCAGGCAGGGCCACCCACCAGGUAAAGACUCUAACCGGGCAGGGCCACCCACCAGGUAAAGACUCUAACCAGGCAGGGCCACCCACCAGGUAAAGACUCUAACCAGGCCAACCUAUUUCUGCUGUUGCUGUUUUUGCUGAUUGAAAGUAUGAAGCCAAACAAGUUUCAUGAGGUCAGGUUUUCAUGAGGUCAGAACUAGAGCAGGCUCUUUUCCCAAAUACUUGUGAAGGCAUUAUGCUUCUCAGGCCAGGAAGUUGCAUGAAAUCUAAAAUCCCAAACCAUAAUAAAAUCUUAAGGCUUAUGAAAAGUCUCUCAUUGGAGGGUUAGCUUUUUAAAGUUUUGUUUUGGCUUCCUCACAAUAAUUUUUAACCUUAAAUGUUUUAUGAAUAGUUUAUUUUCAUUAUUUUAAUAAUUUAAUAAUUUAAAUUAUCAAAUAAAAUGUUAUUUGUCACAUGCGCCGAAUACAACAAAUACCUUGAAAUGCUUACCAUCUUACCAUGUUCACCAGCUUUGUUAUAUUGUACUUUCAGUCUGAAACCAUAACAUUUUGUAAAGAGCUGAUUGUCCCUUUUAGCUCAGGUGGUAGAGCAGGUUGUGGGUUCAAUUCCCACGGGGGUACCAGUACGAAAAAAGUAUGAAAAUGUAUGCACUCAGUACUGUAAGUUGCUCUGGAUAAGAGCGUCUGCUAAAUGACUAAAAUGUCAAAUGUAAUUGUAAUAUUAACCAGGUUUCCAUCCAACCAUUUCAUGCUAAUGAAUUACCUGAUGCAAAAAAAAUCAAGACAGGCCUCAUGGAAACAGCAAAUUUGUCGGUAGAAUUUCCUUAUGUCGACAAAACAAAAUACGCUAGACAAGGGUGGAUAAUUUUUUUGUCGGUUAAAUAGAUUCUGACAAUUAUGGUGGAAACUUAGUUACGCAAUGAUAUGUUACGUUAUAGCAUACUACGACCACAACGUGGACAAGCAUGAAGAGUUUAUAGGCAGACUAAAUAAAUUAUGAUGAACUUCACAUGGUGGUUAAGUGCACGAUGAGCUUCAUGCAAAUGUCCAACUAAUAUUGAGGGUAUAUUUGAAUGCUGGUGACAUGAUAAUCAGUGCUUUGUUGCCAAUUAUCAAAUAGAAAUGAUCUUGCUGUUGUCCAUAUCUCAUCAUAUAACCUAUCCUUCCCAUCUUAUCAACUAACUGUUGUCUACAGAGCAUGCGUCAAAACCAGGUUGGGCAAGUUUGCUAUUUAUCGCAAAAGUUUUUGUGACAAAGUCAUUAGUAGAGUUGAAAAUGUGAUGGAAACACAUUCAACUUUUAUUUUGGAAACUUGAGUGGUUUUUAUGUGCACUACGUCGUCAUGCACUACGUCGUCAUGCACUACGUCGUCAUGCACUACGUCGUCAUGCACUACGUCGUCAUGCACUAUGUCAUCAUGCACAGCUUUUUAUCCGCAACAAGUCAGUUUGAUGGAAACACACCUCUGGUGGGAAAAUGCUACAUUUAUUUAAAUGCAGAUUUUAUAAUAUUCGCAAAUUGGAUGGAAACCUAACUAGUAAGGGGAAAAAAGGGAACCACUGCCCAAUGUCAGUAGCUGGGUUUCCAUCCAAUUGGUGACAGAUUUCCAUGCGAAUAUUCUAAAACCUCCCACCAGAGGUGUGUCUCCCUCAAACUGACUUGUUGCGGAUAAAAACCUGUGUGUGAUGACCUAUUGCACAUACAGUGCAUUACAGCCUUACUGUAAAAUGGAUUAAAUAGUUUUUUUCCCUCAUCAAGCUACACACAAUACCUCAUAAUGACAAAGCAAAAACAGGUUUUUAGAAAUACCUUAUUUAUAAGUAUUCAGACUCUCGAGAUUGAGCUCAGGUGCAUCCUGUUUCCAUUGAUCAUCCUUGAGAUGUUUCUACAACUUGAUUGGAGUCCACCUGUGGUAAAUUCAAUUGAUUGGACAUGAUUUGGAAAGGCACACACCUGUCUACAGUGAGGGAAAAAAGUAUUUGAUCCCCUGCUGAUUUUGUACAUUUGCCCACUGACAAAGACAUGAUCAGUCUAUAAUUUUAAUGGUAGGUUUAUUUGAACAGUGAGAGACAGAAUAACAACAACAACAUCCAGAAAAACGCAUGUCAAAAAUGUUACAAAUUGAUUUGCAUUUUAAUGAGGGAAAUAAGUAUUUGACCCCUCUGCAAAACAUGACUUAGUACUUGGUGGCAAAACCCUUGUUGGCAAUCACAGAGGUCAGACGUUUCUUGUGUGAAAACCUGGUGGCCAACUACAUCUCAGGAGGAAUUUUGUUCCACUCCUCUUUGCAGAUCUUCUCCAAGUCAUUAAGCUUUCGAGGCUGACGUUUGGCAACUCGAACCUUCAGCUCCCUCCACAGAUUUUCUAUGGGAUUAAGGUCUGGAGACUGGCUAGGCCACUCCAGGACCUUAAUGUGCUUCUUCUUGAGCCACUCCUUUGUUGCCUUGGCCGUGUGUUUUGGGUCAUUGUCAUGCUGGAAUACCCAUCCACGACCCAUUUUCAAUGCUCUGGCUGAGGGAAGGAGGUUCUCACCCAAGAUUUGACGGUACAUGGCCCCGUCCAUCGUCCCUUUGAUGCGGUGAAGUUGUCCUGUCCCCUUAGCAGAAAAACACCCCCAAAGCAUAAUGUUUCCACCUCCAUGUUUGACGGUGGGGAUGGUGUUCUUGGGGUCAUAGGCAGCAUUCCUCCUCCUCCAAACACGGCGAAUUGAGUUGAUGCCAAAGAGCUCGAUUUUGGUCUCAUCUGACCACAACACUUUCACCCAGUUCUCCUCUGAAUCAUUCAGAUGUUCAUUGGCAAACUUCAGACGGCCCUGUAUAUGUGCUUUCUUGAGCAGGGGGACCUUGCGGGCACUGCAGGAUUUCAGUCCUUCACGGCGUAGUGUGUUACCAAUUGUUUUCAUGGUGACUAUGGUCCCAGCUGCCUUGAGAUCAUUGACAAGAUCCUCCCGUGUAGUUCUGGGCUGAUUCCUCACCGUUCUCAUGAUCAUUGCAACUCCACGAGGUGAGAUCUUGCAUGGAGCCCCAGGCCAAGGGAGAUUGACAGUUCUUUUGUGUUUCUUCCAUUUGCGAAUAAUGGCAUCAACUGUUGUCACCUUCUCACCAAGCUGCUUGGCGAUGGUCUUGUAGCCCAUUCCAGCCUUGUGUAGGUCUACAAUCUUGUGCCUGACAUCCUUGGAGAGCUCUUUGGUCUUGGCCAUGGUGGAGAGUUUGGAAUCUGAUUGAUUGAUUGCUUCUGUGGACAGGUGUCUUUUAUACAGGUAACAAGCUGAGAUUAGGAGCACUCCCUUUAAGAGUGUGCUCCUAAUAUCAGCUCGUUACCUGUAUAAAAGACACCUGGGAGCCAGAAAUCUUUCUGAUUGAGAGGGGGUCAAAUACUUACUUCCCUCAUUAAAAUGCAAAUCAAUUUAUAACAUUUUUGACAUGCAUUUUCCUGGAUUUUUUUGUUAUUAUUCUGUCUCUCACUGUUCAAGUAAACCUACCAUUAAAAUUAUAGACUGAUUAUUUCUUUGUCAGUGGUCAAACGUACAAAAUCAGCAGGGGAUCAAAUACUUUUUUCCCUCACUGUAUAUAAGGUCCCACAGUUGACAGUGCAUGUCAGAGCAAAAUCCAAGCCAUGUGGUCGAAGGAAUUGUCCUUAGAGCUCCAAGAAGGGAUUGUGUCGAGGCACAGAUCUGGGGAAGGGUACCAAAAAAUGUUUGCAGCAUUGAAGGUCACCAAGAACACAGUGGCCUCCAUCAUUCUUAAAUGGAAGAAGUUUGGAACCACCCAGAAUCUUCCUAGAGCUGGCCGCCCGGCCAAACUGAGCAAUCGGGGGAGAAGGGCCUUGGUCAGGGAGGUGACCAAAAACCUGAUGGUCACUCUGACAGAGCUCCAGAGUUCCUCUGUGGUGAUGGGAGAACCUUCCAGAAGGACAACAAUCUCUGCAGCACUCCACCAAUCAGGCCUUUAUGGUAGAGUGGCCAGACGGAAGCCACUCUUCAGUAAAAGGCACAUGACAGCCCGCUUGGAGUUUACCAAAAGGCACCUAAAGGACUCUCAGACCAUGAGAAACAAGAUUCUCUGGUCUGAUGAAACCAAGAUGUAACUCUUUGGCCUGAAUGCCAAGUGUCACGUCUGGAGGAAUCCUGGCACCAUCCCCACGGUGAAGAAUGGUGGUGGCAGCAUCAUGCUGUGGGGAUGUUUUUCAGCGGCAGGGACUGGGAGACCAGUCAGGAUUGAGGGAAAGAUUAACUGAGCAAAGGACAGAGAGAUCCUUGAUGAAAACCUGCUCCGGAGCGCUCAGACUGGGGCGAAGGUUCACCUUCCAACAGGACAACGACCCUAAGCACACAGCCAAGUCUCUGAAUGUUCUUGAGUGGCCUAGCCAGAGCCCGGACUUGAACCUGAUCGAACAUCUCUGGAGAGACUUGAAAAUAGCUGUGCAGCGACGCUCCCCAUCCAACCUGACAGAGCUUGAGAGGAUCUGCAGAGAAGAAUGGGAGAAACUCCCCAAAUACAGGUGUGCCAAGCUUGUAGCGUCAUACCCAAGAAGACUCGAGGCUGUAAUCGCUGCCAAAGAUACUUCAAAGUACUGAGUAAAGGGUUUGAAUACUUAUGUAAAUGUGAUAUCUCAGGUUUUUAUUGUAUAUAUACAUUUGCAAAAAUUUCUAAAAACCUGUUUUUGCUUUGUCAUUAUGCGGUUUUGUGUUGUGUGUACAUGUCUUUUUUAUUUUUUUUAUCAAUAUGGCUGUAACGUAACAAAAUGUGGAAAAAGUAAAGUGGUCUGAAUACUUUCCGAAUGCAUUGUAUAUACAAAAGUAGUGGAUUCGGCUAUUUCAGCCACACCGGUUGCUGACAGGUGUAUAAAAUCAGGCACACAGCCAUGCAAUCUCCAUUGACCAACAUUGGCAGUAGAAUGGCCUUACUGAAGAGCUCAGUGACUUUCAACGUGGCAUGAAGUGGUAGGCCACACAAGCUCACAGAAUGGGACCACCAAGUGCUGAAGUGCGUAGCGCGUAAAACUCGUCUGUCCUCGGUUGCAACACUCCCUACCAAGUUCCAAACUGCCUCUGGAAGCAACGUCAGCACAAUAACUGUUCGUCGGGAGCUUCAUGAAAUGGGUUUCCAUGGCCGAGCAUCUGCACACAAGCCUAAGAUCACGCUUCACCAUCUGGCAGGCCGACGGACGAAUCUGGGUUUGGCGGAUGCCAGGAGAACACUACCUGCCCGAAUGCAUAGUGCCAACUGUACAGUUUGGUGGAAGAGGAAUAAUGAUCUGGGGCUGUUUUUCAUGGUUCGGGCUAGGCCCCGUAGUUCCAGUGAAGGGAAAUCUUAAUGCUACAGCAUACAAUGACAUUCUCAACGAUUCUGUGCUUCCAACUUUGUGGCAACAGUUUGGGGAAGGACCUUUCCUGUUUCAGCAUGAUAAUAUCUCUGUGCGCAAAGCGAGGUCCAUACAGAAAUGGUUUGUCGAGAUCGGUGUGGAAGAACUUGACUGGCCUGCACAGAGCCCUGACCUCAACCCCAUCGAACACCUUUGGGAUGAAUUGGAACGCCGACUGCGAGCCAUGCCUAAUCGCCCAACAUCAGUGCCCGACCUCACUAAUGCUCUUGUGGCAGAAUGGAAGUAAGUCCCCGCAGCAAUGUUCCAACAUCUAGUGGAAAGCCUUCCCAGAAGAGUGGAGGCUGUUAUAGCAGUAAAGGGGGGACCAACUCCAUAUUAAUGCCCAUUAUUUUGGAAUGAGAUGUUUGACGAGCAGGUGUCCACACACUUUUGGUAAUGUAGUGUAUUUCUGUAUUUCAUUUUCAAUACAUUUGCAAAAAUGUCUGAAAACAUGUUUUCACUUUGUCAUUAUGUGAUAUUGUGUCUAGAUGGUUGAGAAUUUUUUAUUUUAUUAAUUUGAAUUCAGGUUGUAACACAACAAAAUGUGGAAUAAGUCAAGGAGUAUGAAUACUUUCUGAAGGCACUGUAAAAUAACUUUCGUGCAUAAAUGUACAGAUUAUAAAAAACAUAAGUUCAAUGUGUUUCCAUCACAUUUUCAACUCUAUCGAUGGUUUUGGCACACAUAUUGUUGUGAUAAAAAGCAUACUUGCCCAAUCUGGUUUUGGUGCAUGCUUUCUAGACAACAGUUGGCUGAUAAAGUGGACAUGGUAGAUUAUAUAAUGCGAUAUGGUUAAGAGCGAGUGUUACAUCUCCUCCCGUUGCUCCCCUCCGCCGGUCUACUGAGCCACCGGUCUGAGCGCAACACCUCGGCAACACCGGAAUGGAAACCCAACGCACCCUAAUCACCUCCAGCGCACCUGCACCUCGUCAUCUCAUCACCACCCCUAUGUAGCCCUGGACAGUUCAGCGUUGUUGUGUGUGAUUGUUAGUGUCUUGUCGUGUACUCGCACUUUGUUGUUCUCUUGCUCAGUGUUAAGUAAACCUUUAUAUUGAUUCCUGCGUCUGCGUCUUCGUAUCCUCAGUACUCGUCACAGUGAGAUACAAUUUUUUUUAUAGAUAAUUGGCAGCCAAGCGCCGAACAUCAUGUCACAUUCAAAUAAUAGACCCUACCCUCGAUAUUUAUUGGAAAUUUGCAUGAAGCUCAUCACCGUGCACUUAACCACCAUAAGUUAUGAAGUUUUGAAAUAAGUUAUGAAAUAACUUAUUUCAUCUCCCUAUAAACUCUGCAUGAUUUUCCAUGUUGUGGUGGUAGUACAAUGUAACAUCAUCGCGUGACUCCAAGGUUACUGCGAUAUGAUGGUUAUUAUAUCAAUAUUUGCUCUGUCGGUUACCGUUGAGGUAGUGCUUGUUCAAGUCUCUCUUUAGUAAUUCUCUGCUUGUCUAGAUGCUGAGUUGGGGAUGGAGGUGUUGGAGCUGUGUGGCGCUCCUUGCCCUAGCCCACCGAGGGAGCAGCUGUUCAGCCACUUCUCUCCACUCCCCCCUCUGGAGGACCUGCAGCAGGAGCCCUCUCUGAACUGUUGCAGCCCGGGCCUCUGUCCCACCUUGCCUCCUGCCCAGCUCCACCCCUCCUCACGGCCCUGCUGCAGCCCCCCGUCCCCCCCAGCGGAGCCUCCUCUCCUGGGUUCUGGCUUCUACCAGCUGCAGCUGGGGCCUUUCCUUCCAGACGGCCUGUCCACGGGGCCAGAGGAUGGGGCCUCCCAGGGGCUGCAGGUAGACUUCUCCCUGCCCUCCGUCCCCCAGCCCUCACCCGCCAUUGCCCCCUCAGUCUCCAUCACUUCAGACUUUGGGGCCAUCAGCAGUUACCUGUGUCCCUCAGCCCUGUGCCCCCCUCCCAUCCAGCACCCCCGCUCUCUCACACAGUAAGGGGAGGAAGAAGGGUGUCUUUACCCUGGAGAACAUUCCAAUAACAUAUGGGUUGUCUAUACUUCUAAUUAUUGCCUGUUGAAGUAAACUUGGACCAGAGCUUACCCAUGUGAUGGUGUGAAACUCCCCAGGAGAGAAACUGUGUUUUUACGGGGAGAUGGGCCUACCUGUAUCAUAGUGUUUACUAGGGGGGACUCCCACUGCUCACAAGCACAAUGGCUUACCUACCUGUCUGUUCUGGAAGGCCAGUCGUUCUACAGGGAUGUUCCCAGUUCUUAGAGAAUUCUUAGGUAAUGUUGGUACUGGAAAAGCGGCUGGGCUUGUUGAUAGUUCCAAGGCCAAAGCAAUUAGCCUGAUGUUCUUUGCAGUGACCACCUCCUCUUCCAGAGCAGAACUAGCGACAGAUUUAAGCCCUGUUUACUGGGAACAAUGAGAAGCAGACAGACAGCAUGACCUGGAUGCCGUAUUAUAGCAGUAUGUCCACAAGAGAUGUUCUCCCUCUAUCGGUUCUGAUAAGGCUGUUUCUAUGAGCAGGGUUCAGUCUGCACUUGUACGACUCUUCACCACUCUGACUGUGGAUCUCUUAGGUAGGAUCAGCCUCCCUGGUUCACUGUGGUUCCACCUCUCUUGAACAUCCACAACUGAAACUGAAGGUUUUGUAUACAGUCUGUUCAAAAGGAAAGAUCUGUAUAAAAAUAUCAUGAAACAAUGCUUUUGAGAUUGUCACAAUGUUUUAUUUUCUUGUUACUUGUUGUUCAGAAAUGUCUUGGAAGGUUUGCAAUAAGAAACCAGAGUUUUUGAUGGGAGUACUUUUGUGUUUUUUCUAGUUUAUGUUGACAUUUGAAAGGUCUUGUACAGUACCAAACUCUCACAAUUGCCUGACAACCACGGUAGGCACAUUAGCCUGUGUUUUGCACAUUAUUGUACAUGUUACUUUAGGUAAGUCACUGAAUACACAGUUACUCAGGUUUUGUAGCCUCUGGCUUCUUCCAUGUAUCUCAACUCCUGUUGUGUGAUUAAGUGUUGAAUAUUGCCCUGAACCACACAUGCAACCUUGGGGAUAACAGUCAUUGUAAAAGCCCAAUGGCAUUGAAGGACAUCAACCCAAAAGGGGUGUGUUCAGAAGGGUGCAAUGUUAUGAACGUUGCAGAUGGAGAAUGUGAUAUAUAGAGCUAAUAUAGCUAGCUAUACAGUCCCCAGGUUUCAGUGAUGCUCUACAGGAUCCUGCCACUAGAGGAUCUCGGCUGUCACAUAGUCUGAAGAGCGCCUGCCUGCUUCACAACCCCUGCUCAGGUGGGCCCGAAGAGAAUACGUCCCCUGUGCUCUCUGCCCUGACAGCAGGAAAACUCCAUGUCUUUAUUUAUUUUUAUAGGUGGGGUCAUCCUCUACUCCCUGCUCUGA